AUGGAUCAAGCUCAAGGAAAUGUUGCAGGAGCUGCCUUUUACCAGCUUAGUAUUACUGUUGAGUCCGCCAACUUAAGACCUAGCAUGCUACUCAAGCCUUACGUAGAGAUCCUGGUAGACGAUAGGGGCGCUCAAAAGACUGAGACGGUAAAAACGAGUAGCUGUCAACCAAAAUGGAACGAAACAUUUACUUGCUUGGUCACACCUCGAUCAAAAAUCCUUUUCUCCGUUAAGGAUCAUUACAGAUACAAAAAGGACACAGUUAUAGGAGAGAAAAAAGUCGAUUUGUUUAUGUUAUUGUUUCAUUUUAAUGGAAGAUGUGAUAAUUUGGAUGUUACGUUAGAUCUCAUGGGUGAGGAGAAACAGAACUAUGCUGCAAUUAAAGUCGGUGAAUUGAUUUGUACAUUUAAGGGACUAAUUGUUGAUAUGACUCAAUACAUUCGCUCAAAUGACUCUUUACCACUAGGACAGAACAAUACAGACUCCACGACUAGGGCAGUACUAAAUGGCAUUCGAGCCAAAAUUAAAGGGCAAGGAGCAGAGAAUGUAAUGCCGACCCAGAAUUCCUCAUCGACACCAGCCACAGCUAGAAACAGUACAGAGAGGAUAGAGGCGAGAAGAAGCCAGGUGGUCACACCAGCUGCUACACCCUUGCCGAUGUCCACCAGCAGCAACAAUAUUCCUAAUGGCUGUAUCGGACCACCAAUAACUGUGCCAAAUGGUAAUGCUGUACACAGCGAGUCAGAUGAAACAAGAGCUGACGCUGAACCUUUACCGCCCGGUUGGGAACUUAGAUUCGAUACCUACGGUCGAAGAUAUUAUGUGGAUCACAAUACUAGGUCGACGUCUUGGGAACGACCACAGCCUUUACCGCCCGGAUGGGAAAUGCGGCGGGAUCCCAGAGGUCGCGUCUACUAUGUAGAUCACAAUACGAGGACUACUACAUGGCAGAGGCCGAAUUCUGAGCGACUGCAGCACUACCAGCAAUGGCAAGGACAGAGACAGCACAUCGUUUCGCAAGGUAAUCAAAGAUUUUUGUAUCCCCAACACCAACCCGGGCCCAUACCAGGUCCUUCGGUUGUUGCUGACGACGACGACGGUCUGGGUCCUCUUCCUUCUGGAUGGGAAAGACGCGUGCAGCCAGAAGGUCGUGUAUAUUUUGUCAACCACAAGAACAGGACCACCCAAUGGGAAGACCCACGGACUCAAGGACAGGAGAUCAGCGAAGUAGAGGAGUUACCGUUGCCGCCCGGUUGGGAAAUUAGAUAUACGGAGGAUAACAAAAGGUACUUCGUGGAUCACAAUACGAAAUCGACGACUUUCGAUGAUCCAAGACCCGGCGCGCCCAAGGGACCCAAAGGAGUGUACGGCGUUCCGAGGGCAUAUGAGAGGUCGUUCAAAUGGAAAAUUAGUCAGUUCAGAUUUUUGUGUCAAAGUAACGCCCUCCCCAGCCACAUAAAGAUCCAAGUCACCCGCCAAACCUUAUUCGAAGACUCUUUCCAUACUAUCAUGAGGUUACCGGCGUACGAGCUUCGCAGACGGCUUUACAUCAUCUUCAAAGGCGAAGAAGGCUUAGAUUAUGGCGGUGUUAGCAGAGAAUGGUUCUUCCUCGUCUCCCACGAAGCGCUCAACCCGAUGUAUUGUCUGUUUGAGUACGCGAACAAGAAUAACUACAGUCUACAGAUCAAUCCCGCUUCGUAUGUCAAUCCGGAACACUUGACGUAUUUCAAAUUUAUAGGUAGGUUUAUAGCGAUGGCGCUCUACCACGGCAGGUUCAUCUAUUCCGGAUUCACAAUGCCUUUCUACAAGAGAAUGCUGGGCAAGAAACUUGUAAUGAAGGACAUCGAAAGUAUAGAUCCAGAAUUUUACAAUUCGUUAGUGUGGAUAAAAGAGAACGACAUCGACGACUGCGGUCUGGAGUUGUUCUAUAGUGUAGAUUUUGAAGUUUUGGGCCAGAUAGUGCAUCACGAGUUGAAGAAAAACGGAGACAAAGAAAGAGUCACUGAAGAAAACAAAGAGGAGUAUUUAACGCUAAUGACUGACUGGAGGAUGACGAGAGGCAUCGAAGAACAGACCCAGGCAUUCCUUGAUGGUUUUAAUGAAGUGGUACCGAUUGAAUGGCUCAAAUAUUUCGACGAACGGGAACUGGAACUUUUAUUAUGUGGAAUGCAAGAGAUUGAUGUCGAGGACUGGCAGAGGCACACGAUAUACCGGCAUUAUACAAGAAAUAGUAAACCCGUAGCCUGGUUUUGGCAGUUUGUCAAGCAAUCAGAUAAUGAAAAACGUGCCCGAUUACUACAAUUCGUAACCGGUACUUGUCGAGUACCGGUCGGAGGCUUCGCCGAACUGAUGGGAUCCAAUGGUCCUCAAAGAUUCUGUAUAGAAAAAGUAGGCAAAGAAUCGUGGCUGCCCCGCUCACACACCUGCUUUAACAGGCUGGACCUUCCCCCAUACAAAAGCUACGAACAACUCGUAGAGAAACUGACGUACGCUAUAGAAGAAACCGAUACUUUUGGACAAGAAUAAUAAUCUUCACUUCUAAAUGUAUUUGUACCUGAUUCCGACAUAUAAGUCUAUUUCCUCUAGAAGUUUUUGUUUUUGGGUGGUCUUAGAAAUGUAGUACUGCAUCGCAAAAUAUUAAAAUUGAUCGUCGCACGAUAAAGGUGAAAGUAUUUCUGUCUUUUCUAUAAAAUACCAAACAUUAGACGGUUCAAAUAAUACUAUGCGAAAUAAACAGUUUAUUAGUAAUAUUCACAAUUCUUCAUGUUAUGAUUUUAUCGUGGUUUUGGGAGGUGAGUUAUCUACUUGUUUAAAUCAUCAAUAAUAACGAUUCAUACCAUCUCUAUUUUUCAAAAACUCUCCCAUCUCUAAAUAAUAUAAUUCUUUCAAGUAAGUACGGUACUAUAUCGUCUUGUUAUUAGGAAGGCCGUAUAAUGUAUUCAUGUUGUACAAAACACGUUGAAUGAUCAAGCUAUAACUUUAGCUUGUUUUUUGAUAGUUCAUUAUGGAUUUUAGCCGAUUUUUCAAGUUCGAAUCAUCAAAAGUAACGACUCAGUUAAAUUUUAUUUCCCAUCUCUAAUGUAGAGAAAAAUAUUUUUGAUAUAAAAGAGAUAUUAGGGGAAAAGAAAUAUUCUUAACUCUACUAGGGAUUAUAUUUUGCCAUCGGUGGUUUUUAAAGUACAAAUCAUCAAGAGGAACGAUUCAGUUCAAUUUUACUUCCCAUGUCUAGUAUUCUCACCUCUAGUAGGGGUUAACUUUUUGAUAGAGAUGUGUUUUUUUGUUAUGUUUUGUAGAAAUACACAAUAUAGCGAUGUCAUACGAUUACACCUGUACUUGGUUUUUGGAGCUCAGUUUAUUGCUUUUUUUGUAGCUUUUUUUUAUUGCUUUUAGCCAAUUUUAAAAUUCGAACCGUCAAAAGUAACGAUUCAAUCCAAUUUUAUUUUCCAUUUCUAAUGUAGAUGAAAAUACUUCUAAUAUAAAGAGAUAUUAGAAGGGAGGAAAUGUCUAAACUCUAAUAGGGAUUAUAUUUUUGCCGGCGGUGAUUUUUUUGUGAUGAUCUCAAGUAAUAAUAUACAAUAUAUCGACAUUGUACACGGCAGCUUGGUUUUUGGUAGUUCAGUUUUUUAUUAAUUUUUCGCCAAUUUUAAAGUUCAAUUAUUCAUAAAAAAGAACAAUUAAGUACAAUUUUAUUUCUCACCUCUUAGUACUCUCAUCUCUAGUAGGGAUUAUUUUUUGCCAGCGGUGUUUAUUUUUAUUAUAUUAAGUAUAAAUAUGCAUUAUACUGAUGUCAUACGAUUUCACCUGUAGCUUUGAGUAAAUGCUCUCAUCUCUUAGGAAUUAUAUUUAUUCUAGCCUUUGUUUUUGAUUUCUAGCCAAUUAUAAAUUUUAAAUUGUCAAAAAGAUCGAUUCAGCCCAACUUUAAAUCAUCAAUAUAAACAAAAUGUUUUAAUAUAAAUGAAAAUGUUUCUGAUGUAGAAGAAAUAUUAGGGAUGGGAAAAAUACUGACCUGUUCAAUAUACCUUACAUUUUUUUCACUAUUCUGGUGCUAGUAUUCCAGUUCUAGCUUUGUUCUAGCAAAUAAGUUGUUUUAGAGGAAAAUAUUUCUGUACUGAUAUUAAGUGUUUACCAGCAGUUAUUUAUGUGGUAGAAGCAUACAAUAUAUCGAGAACGGUAAAUAAUUAUGUACAAUGGUUUUGUGAAAUCGGGGAUUCAUCAUUUUUAGUUCUUUUCAACUUCAACUCAUUCAAAAGAACGAUUCAAAUGUUAUUAACAAUCUCUAAUAUAAAAAAAAUAUUUGUGAUACAUAAGAAAUACUUUCAUCUUUAAUAGAUAUUAUAUUUUUCUCAGCACUGAAGACUUGAAUAUACCUGUAGCCGGUCUUUUGGCAAUUCAGUUAUUUAUUACUUUCAGUCAAUUUAAGAGUUCGAAUCAUUUCUAUUUUGCGAUGCAGACAUUUACGAAAUGCAACAGGGUUCAUAGAAAAUAUGUAUUUAUAUUUUACAGUAGCUCAUAUACAUAUUACUAUAAUUCAAAUAUACAGGGUGUGUUCUUUAUUUAACACUUUAUUUAUAAUAUAAUAUAUAUGUCUUUAUAAUAAAGUCACCAUUUCGUGAGAUAUGAACUCUGAUUGUAUCACUUUUUAUCGUGUUUCUAGUAAUUGGCAAAUAUACAGAGUAAUUUUGAUAAUUUUAAAGUAUAAUGAUAUAGUUGGUCGUAUUUUAACGAGCUAUAGACCAAACGAUGUUUUUUGUUAAAAAUAAAACCAAUCAUUCAACAUUUAACAAUUUUUCUGCCUAAAAACAAGUUAUAUAUGAAGAUAUAUAAGGUAUAAUAAGCUGAUUUUAUGCAAAACUUCGUAAAAAAAAUGCUGGAUGUAUCUUCGAUUGUUAUUGGACCAAUUUGUAGGUGGGUAUCUCAUAUGAAGAUAAAAAACACAUACAUUCUCUUAAAAGUACUUUAUUUUUACAUCAGUCUCGAGUUAUUACAAAUUAUAUAUUAAAAAAAUGUACUUUAAUACGAAUAUUGUUGAUUUUUAUCCAUUAGUGUGUUGUAGACAUGUUUGAACGGUCCCACCGCUUUAUUUAUCUCGUUUGCUGUCUAAAUUGCUAUAAAUAAUGUUGAAUUAUUGACGAUAAUAAUUAUAUUGAUAUUAUUAUGUUGCUGUCUCAUUAUUUACUAAAAAUAUUUGCUGUAAACUCAGUCUGCUCCAUUUAGAAACUUCUGAUAUUGCCAACUACUAACGCUCACCUAUUUUCGCACUUUCCUAAGGGAAUUGAAGGAGUAUAUUAUAAAUCCGUGGGAUUCCCCCGACUCAGUAUUCACUUCCCACAACUUUUUAACUGUAUUUACUUAAAUGUGAUAUCUAGUAAUAUAUUGGCCUACUUCUGCUGUUAGAUGUAUCUUUUAUUGUGAAAGAUCGAUGGUUGAAUAAUUUUCGAAGUUAUCACAAGAAUUGAAGUCGUAUUUGAGGUACGAAACGUUUAUAUUUUGAUAAAAAAACUUACCAGCAAACAAAAACGGUCCAUUCAGAGGUUUUUCUAAGCGAUUCGAGAUACAUAUUUGCAUUAAACAAUAAAUAAAUAAGAAUACAAUAUAAAAAUAAACAAACUAUUAAACUAAAUACUGUAUACGCUAUUUGUCUGUUCUGAAUCUUUCUAAGCAGAGUAUUUCAGCUUAAGCUCUCGUAUUCUCGAAUUUUCUUCACCUAGGUGCAAUUUUUGCAUCGAGCCCCCUCGACAGUUCUAAAAACAUUUUAAAAGCUUGCAGCGAAGCUUAGGACAAAUUUUUUGAAUGAACGUUUUAUUUUUCCGGUGAAUUUAUGACUUAAUAUGCUAAAACUUACUUUCUUAUGGAUUGAUUAUCGUGAUUAACACAUAAGUGCAAGUUUUCGAACUAGAAACGGAUAGACUGAAAAAUUUAACCAAAUUAGACUAAAAUAAUACUUAUUGCUGAUACCUACAAUAUUAUUGCUGUAAAGAAGCUACGAUGACGUCUAACUUGAUAUAUCACAAUUUAAUAAACAUUUUUUAGUGAAAUAUCAAAUAUGGAGAGUUUUUGGAUAAUGACAAUGGAAACUCAAAAUUCUUCAUCCUUUUCUGGGCAUCGUUGAAGAAACUUUUGUUAGAAUUCGCGAAUUCUCAUCCGCUAGUCUUCAAACACAUCUUAAGUCAGAAAUCGAAGGUCUACUGGAAUUCUGUUGACUGUAUUCCUAAACUCUGAGCGCCAUUUCGGCAAAUAUUUAAUGUCAUUACUUGACAGCUGCCAAGUCAAGUCAGGGUCAUAGCCGGCUUAAUGUGGUAGCGAUUUAAAAACUUUCCUUGUAGGUGCAGCGGCUUUAUUUAUUUUAUAUUGCCAUGCCAAUGAGCUAAAUACAAUUUUAGUGGUUUAAAAUUGUCUUUAACUCACAGCCAUGUUCGUUUUUUGUAGAAUGUGCUUCCGAAAUUAACCAAAUCAUCGACCUUUUGCAGCGGUAUACUAAUAAUGUAUAUAAUGACUGUAGAAAGUACAUAUAUAGCGAUUAUUUUUGAAAGAAAAGUUCAAGUAACAAAACGCGAACAUUCCUGAUAUCUAUUAUUUACUUGUAAGAGAUUAAUUAGUCUAUAUAACGGCCUCAACGGAAAAAGAACCAAAGGUUUUGUUGAUUUUUUCUAUACACACCGUAUUUAUUUUUAAUCAAACCGUAUAACUUUUUGUAUAUUUUAAUUUUAAUGUAUAGAAUUGUAAAUGAUAAAUUAUAGAUGUAAAUAUAUGAAUGUAUAUAUAGAACGUACUACAAUAAAUUAUGGAUUAUU